AUGUCCCAUCAAAGUAUAUCAUAUUUGCCCGAACAAUUACGAUUUGAAUUUGGAGAAAAAGAGGACCAAUACUAUUUCACAUCUCAAUUGUUACAAGGAUCUCCAGAGGGAACAACAAUUUCAAGUCUUCCUUCAUAUCUUACCGACAAAGUAAUUGUAAUUGAUUCUAUUCAUUCAGGAAUAGGAAGAAACAAAGAGAAAGAUAUAUAUGAUAAGAUCCUUUUUCCAUUAUUUGAGGCAUUAUCAAUUACUCAUGAUAUUAUAAAAACUGAAUCAUCCACGACUAUAAGAGAUUAUGCAUCGAGUUUACUGAAUGACUCAAACGAAUCGAUAACUAUAAUUUUCAUCAGUGGAGAUUCUUCGAUAAAUGAAUUUAUAAAUGGAUUAAAAGAUACCAAAAUUCCUGGUAAAAUUUCAAUUUUCGCUAUACCAGGAGGCACUGGUAAUAGUUUAUCACUUUCAUUAAAUAUAACAAAUGCUAUAGAUUCUAUAGUUAGAUUAUUUCAAAGUACUCCAUUGCCUUUGUAUCUUUACCAAGCAGAAUUUCCUAAACAUUCCUACUAUUUAAAUCAAAAUGAAAUUGAAGAACUUGAAAACUCAACUGAUGUGAAAUUUUUGAUUGUUUUAUCAUGGGCAUUUCAUGCCUCGUUAGUAGCUGAUAGUGAUACCCCAGAAUUACGUACACACGGAUUACAAAGAUUUCAAAUUGCCGCAACUCAAAAUUUAAAUCGAAUUCAGAAAUACGAAGGUGAUAUGUACAUCAAUAAUGAUCAUGAUGAACAAUGUAUCAAAGGACCAUUUGCGUAUUGGUUGUUGGUUUCGUCACUGAGAUUUGAACCUACUUUUGAAAUUUCACCUAAUGGAGAUAUUUCAAAAGACGAAUUAUAUCUUGUUGCAUUCAAUUCUAAAGAUGAUGAUAAAGAUCAUAUAAUGAAUAUAAUGAAACAAGUCUACGAUAAUGGGAAACAUAUUAAUAAUCCUGAUGUUAUAUAUAAGAAAAUUGGUCCUGAUGAUAAGAUAAUUUUAAAAGUCAAGAAUUCAAAACCUUUAAUUCAACGUAGGUUUUGUGUUGAUGGACGAAUUGUGGCACUACCUGAGACAGACGAUGAUCAAGAGAUUAAAAUAAAUGUAAAAGAUAACACUCAAUAUUCUUGGAAGUUGUAUAUCAUACAUUAG